AUGAAGUUCAUGAAAGUGGGCCGUGUGGCCAUCAUCACCCGUGGCCGUUACGCCGGUAAGAAGGUCGUCAUUGUCCAGCCUAACGACACUGGCUCCAAGGCGCACCCCUUCCCUUACGCCAUCGUCGCCGGUAUCGAGCGCUACCCCCUCAAGGUCACCCGCCGCAUGGGUAAGAAGACCGUCGAGAAGCGCAGCCGCAUCAAGCCCUUCAUCAAGGUCGUCAACUACAACCACUUGAUGCCCACUCGCUACACCCUUGAGCUCGAGGGUCUUAAGGGUGCCGUCUCCACCGAGACCUUCAAGGAGGUUUCCACCCGCGAGGACGCCAAGAAGAACGUCAAGAAGGCCCUUGAGGACCGCUACACCAGCGGCAAGAACCGUUGGUUCUUCACUCCUCUGCGUUUCUAA